UUCCCAUGGGCCCAAAUUUGAAUGAAGAAAUGAAAUGAAAUGAAUUGAUUUGGUUUUUUAGAUCAUUUUCCGGACAGAGUGGGAGAGAGAUCGAAUGGCGGGAGGAGGAGGUGGAUUUGUGGAGGCAGAGGCAAUCAUCGCGAGGAUCGAAACCAAAUCGACCAAGAUUGAAAGCUUACUCAAACAGUAUAAACCAGUAGAAGCUCUGAAAACGGCUCUUGAAGGUUCUCCUCCUAAAACUCUCGAUGAGCGUUGCAAGUCGGCUAAUUGGAUAGUUGUGCACAGAGCUUUAAUGGCGAUUAAGGAUAUUGAGGGGAUGCUUAAUGCUCUUGAUGUCGAGUAUUACGACAUUCUCAUGAAGUACUUAUACAGAGGGCUUUCCACCGGGGACCGACCUACAUGCGAUCAGUGUUUGAAGAUUCACGAGAAACUCACUGAGCGAGCUGGUCUCGGUUGCAUUCUCCGUUGUCUUUCUGAUACUCUCAACACCGUUUGAUCCCUCCUUAUCAUUGUAUUAUUGCCACCAUUGUACUACUUUAAAAGAGACAUGAGUUUUUUUUGGUUUGAUGAUAAUACAUUCAUUGAAGAUGCA